UCAUAUCUGGGGAGUAAUUGUGAAGGUAAUUAAUUUAUAUAGUUUAUUGAAAACUUGACUUAUGCAGUAAAUUUGUUUCACGUGCACAUGAAAAUGAAUGCAUCGUCACCACCUUCCCAGCGUGAAUAACAAAGUGGAUGACUGAUCUAUUUGUGAAUGAUAGACUUAACUGGCGCUCAUGCAAAUAUCCACUUGCGAUCACACCAAUGGUUAUGCAAAUUAACGCGUCCGCAACGCACAUCAGAACUCCUGGAACGAGCCCUGUGCAUCCUUGCGGCCAAUCAGAAGUUCCCCUGCGAUGUAUCCAGCUGGAUGGAACUCUGCGGAGCUGCAGAAUAAUGACAUCUAUGGAAACAUUUUUUUGUCGGUGUCAAAAAUGAUGGAGAAAGAAUAGGCCUUAGCCUUUCCGGCAAUAAUACAGGCGUUAAAACAGGUCUCUGGUCUUACACUGGUGAGACAAGGCCAUAAAGGAGGUUGUCUUGUCAAAGGGCGUUUGCAUGUUUGACUACAAGCAAGUGGUUAAUGCAGACUUGAUGCCUUGCAAUAGGUGUCUAUUUGGUGUUUGACCAUCUUAACACCUCCUCUGUAUUAAUGCCGGAAAGGGCAAAGCCUAUUUUCUUUUCAUCAUUCAGAAUAAUCAUCUCUUCCAAUCGGCGGCAUUUUGCGGAUCAUUGCAGUGCAAUGGCUCGUCGUCAAUGUCUGUUUCGCCAUCCGUAAAUGACCGACAUCUCUUUCGCGCGUGUAGGUGCUUCUGUACGCAGCAAGCAAAUCUGCCUGAACGCUCGGUGGCCUGAACAUCCACUUUUAAUAGACAUUCCAUCCAAGCUGCACAACAACACGUGUCAACUCUAGCAGUCUAUAAGUACUGCAGCGCCUCCGUGUGGCCGCACGUGACGCUACGUGGCUUUGUUCUAUAACAAGCGUGGCGCCGUACAUGGGUAGUGGCUACACCUGUGACUUAGCGGCAGCAGGGAUUUUGCCGGAGGCAUUGGCGAGCACCUGGAGUUGUCGGAUCCCAGUGAGAUCUGCAGAAUUGCGGAUCACACUGGUUCACGAUCAGAUUAUUGAAUGCGAUCUGAAGCAUGUGAUUGUGCCCCACGAGACCAAAAUCGCGCUGGCCAAAGUAAAUGUGUAACUCCUUUUGGAUAUAUAUGUGGAAAUUAAAUAAUUAUUUAUCCCAUUCCACCGUAUAUUUAUCAUUUUACAUUUGUAACACGCACAGUUUACGUUCACUGCCAUGCGGAGAGAAAACGAUUCAGAGGCGCAGGAAACCACAGGCAAGCGGGAAGGUAGCCAAAGUUAGCGUCAACAAUUUCCCAAGCUCUGUGGUCCUCUAUUUGGAUGUUUGACCAACUCCAUUCAUAAUGCAUGAUACUUGAUACAUUACACUGUCCCUCGUAUUCACGUUUGGUUGCCCUGUACUUGGCUGUGUUAUUUUGCAGGUGUUCGUGCAUUUGAAUGAUUUUUAUUGCGUUGUGGCAUUUCCUGUUACACGGUGAGUCAGCAGCAGCUCACACCUUAUCUAAGCCAAUUGUACAUAAACUGUUUAUUUCACAAUCUCAAUUAUGUCAUCAAAAAUUUUAAACAAAGUAUUUUGUGUGUGGCUGUCUUAUCCUGAAUCCAGUUGUCCAUCCAUGGGAUCCAGCUAAUCCUCCAAUCUUUCUGGAUAUUUACCAAUUGUUUCUUCCUGUUAUCUGUGAAUCACGAAUUAGGAUACCUGGACAAGACGACUUACGACCUUUGUAUGCAAAUUGUUGACAGUCCACAGAUAACAUACAUUUGAGAAAACAACUAUUCCCAAGAAUUACAAGAUAUUGACAAGAUGUUUCACUGACAAAACAAAAAUUAUUUAUGAGUACUUGUAUCUCUCGGUUUUUUUUAAAGCUGUCAACGAUGUAAAAAUAUUUUAUUUUUUAAGUACAUAUGUUGAACUUCUUUCGCACCGUACGUGGCCAACUGUGCUCAUCGGAGGUGUGAGGGAAGGACAACAACUACACACAAAGAGCACAGUUGUAAAGAAAUUUGUUUUCAACUUAAAUGUUCAAGUGCAGAGCUUAAUGUUUGCAAAAUGUUUAAUUGUAUUGCAUAUGAACAAAAUCAAUGAAAGCUGUUAUAUGUUCUUCCCAGGUUUCCGUUGUCAAAAAGAGCGUACUGCAUUCACUCCGGAUUACGUUCCACCGUGGCGUAUGCCAUGGCCAGCCUCGCGGGAAUCCAGGUACUGUGCGCAAGCCAGGGACGUGAAUGUCCCAUUGUUAAGCUCGUGGUACGUGGGCUGUCAGAAUCAGAAUUACACUGGAGGAAUCCGAUGAGUUAUAAAGCUGUCCAGUAAGGGGCGGGUCAGAAGAUUAUUACACGAUCGGAGUGCAAAGUGUAGGAAAGGUAAACAGAUCACUUAAAAAAUAUAUAUACAAAUUAAACUAAACAAUUUGUUAUCUUACCAGGGUGAAGCCCACCGAGCUAUUAACUACUGCGACACCGCUAGAGGGGACAGGGCGGGGCGUUUCAGGCUACGCCGAGGCCAAACAACUCCAUAUGUUUCAGUCAGUUUCAGGCAAUAUAUCAGAUGAUGGCAUUUCGCUUGAAAUUGCCAAGCAUCUUGGGGACAGAAUUUAAGAAUUUUAUUUGUUUGGCUAUGUUGGGUGGUGGGAGGGCCUUACAACAUAAAAUCGACCAGAUCGUGUCUGUGCAAAACCUACGCAUUACAUCUGAAUUAAUUACACAAACAACUGUGUAUGUUUGGUGUAUUGAUGUCAUCAGUAACAACCAUUUUCUUAAUGCAGGUUCAAACCAUCAAGGCAUCUUAGAAGAUAAUAACUGCUUAAUGCUCAAAGCGAAUGCGUGGCUAAAGUGCGAUACACAGGAGUCACGAAUGUGUGUUGUGUGUUUUUGUCAGCCACAUGCAGUUGUCAUGGACCCCAUGUGUGGCAUGGGGACACUGCUAUUGGAGGCUGCUAUGGCAUGGAAGACCGUGCGCUGCCUUGGAACAGAUGUGGACGCACAGCAACUUGCGCACGCAAAAGAGAACAUUCACUUUGCAGAACUGGAUCAUAGGAUUGGGUUGCUUCAAGCUUCCGUCACAGCCCUGCCGAUCCCCUGCAGUGCUAUUGACGUCAUCAUCUGUGACAUUCCUUUUGGACAGAAGUAUAGCAGUGAUGAAGAGAUGAAACAUCUAAUGCCAAAAAUAUUACAAGAAAUGAUGAGGGUGCUACGAGUUGGUGGCAACAUCGUUCUUCUCGUCAGCUCCCAAAUGUCCUCUCGCAUACGCAGUCUGUCUCAAGAGCUGCACAAACUUUGCGACAAGAAUACCGAGUCUUCGGGUGAAUCAGCUGCUGCUGCUUCUGCUGCCAAAACAAUGGUUUUUCAGGAUACAAGUGAUCCACAAGCAACAUCAAAUGAAGACGAACAGCGGUGUGUUCAAGCAAGAGCCGAAUCGUGCGUUGAGAGCGAAGAGGUGACGUGCGACUCAAGGCUGACGUGUGAAGGCGUGUACCCUGUGAGUCUGGGGGAAACCGACGCCUGUAUCCACAGGUACAAGAAAACAGCAACUCCCACGUGAGGAUGUUGCCCAGGGGAUGCUCACCAAGGGGAGGACCUAAUGGUGAGUGCUGGAAUAUACUCUAGCAGUAGGCCUGGGAGGGAGGGUGGGUGCGAUUAGAGUAACAUGUUUUAAGUCAUGUUUGCUCUAAGCCAGGUGAGAGUUCAUUGAGACUCAAGGUCGUUUUUCCAAGGGUCACAGAAAGCAAUGGAACAGUGACCACACACCCCUUGGGCUGCACCGCAACCUCUCAAUGGCUGCGCCCACUGUACGAUCCUCCCCUACCCCACCUCACACACAGUGGUGGCACAGAAGCCUCCUCGCACUUCUGUGUGUGAGAGGAGGGCCGCGCAGGAGAUGUGAAAGGGAUACCUUCACUCACAGCCAUCCAUGCCUUGGAAAUGAAGAAGUAGCCUCAGUCAUUCCAACCCUGACCACAGUGACGCAUGGUGCAUCACACAGACAGGGUAAGUGCUGUUAACGAGCACCUCUGAAGGCCAACAGAAGGCUUGCACCACUACGCCCGGCUACCUUCGUCUCCCCACUCGUGAUGUGUAUGUACCACCGAGUCAACCUAGGAGGCCAAAGUCCAGUUUAUAUAUUUGGCGCUUAAUGUUGGCCGUGAACCCCUGGUUGGCAGGUUCGUAGUGCAUUGCGCUAACCACGACCCACUCAUGUGGGACUGUGUAUGCUCACUUGCAUACACAGUCCCACAUGUACACACAAUACUUGCUUGCAAAUGAAACGCUUGACCUGACACUCAUCCCCUCACGAACCGUGGAAAUGCUGCUUUUCUUGUGUAUCUGCCUAUCUGUAUCACGCAGGGCCUUGGGUUGGUUUGGAAACUGAGCCGUAUACAGACCUAAUUAUUUAGUCAUUUGGCAUUGGAAGUGAAGUACAAGCAUCCAGACAUCCACCCUUAGUCUUUCCCUGUGGAAGAGAUAUGUGGAUGACACUUUGGUCAUUUGGCCACAUAGCCUCCCAGCUUUGAACCAUUUCCUAGACCACAUCAAUUUCAGACA